AUGGCGAGCGUGGAUAUCUUGCAUGAUGACAGCUACAAUGAGUAUGUCUGCUCAGAGACGUCUAACGGGGUGUUCAAUUCGUCCCCUGACACGCCCUCUACCAUUUACCCUGAUCGUCUGAUCCGUCCUCUACCUAGACGGACCCUCCGUUCACGCCUUUCUUCGGAUGCUGCCGACACUCUAUUCUAUCCUCCUACGCCGCCGGCAUCUCAAAUAUUCUAUGGUGUCUCUGCGGAUUCCGAAGAGGCGGUGAAUGAAUCCAAAGUUUAUGUGCAGCAGACUGCGGAGACUGAAUUGUCACCAGAGGUUGACACCCACGAAUUUGAGACGUCGGUAGAGUUGGAGAGCGGUGAUGAAGGCGGUCCGAUGGUUGUUCGGAGGAGUGGUGUUGUUCGGAGAUCGUCCAUGUCACCUCCCGCGUCUGGCAAUCCACAUAGUUUCCCUCACGACACACCGCAGACAAAAUCUUCAACCGGGGAUGGCUAUGACGCGUUUGAGAAUACGAAUAACAAGAAAAAGCGAAAGAUACCUACACCCGGAAACUUGGGAGGACACCAUUCUGCGCUGUCUCCGGAGUUCGCCAGUAUGGGGUUGGCAAGCUCAACCCCCGCACAGGUUCCUACCCCGACUGAUGCUACUGGCACAUAUUAUGGGAGUGGAAACCCUGCGUCUCCUUUAGGAAAUGGGAUAUCUGGCUCAGGUAGAGGUCGGUUGGGACGUCCUACUGUUCGUAGUAGCAGCAGAAACCCGUUAUCACCAAAUGCUCAGAAUGGAUGGAUGAACGCGCGGACGCCCAAUCGGCGGGAUGGGCUGAUGUCCACCCCCGGCCCUUCUGGUAUGCAUAUUUCUCCUCCGUUCCCCGAGUACAGUGUUCUAACUUACGCACCAGGUGAAUCUUCUUCUGACCAGGGAAUCAUCUCCACCGCGAUCGCCAAUGCCGCAACACACUCCUCCCCGCCUCGAGGUCCCAGCAACGUUAGCCUGUUGGAGAAAGAAAAAGAAAAUACCACUCCGACCAAGACACAGUUUACCUUCACGUGUGAGUCCGACUCGUCCAAGGGCAUGGCUAUGCAGCGAAACUAUUCGAUCCCUUAUCGAUCCCCUACUUCACCACUCGGACCGGCAAGUCAAAAACACAAGGGGCUCUCCACACAAGGGGCACAGACUGGCCCCACGAACCACCAGGCCCCACCCCAAGCACCCGCUCAAGGUGGGGAGCCAACUCCCGUGGGCCCCAAGAAGAAACGGUCACCAAGCAGCAUAUACGCACUGUCUGCACGCCAACGCAAGAUCCAGCAACAAUACACGAACCUUCACCAUCCCCCGAGUCUCCAGGAUAUCUGGAUUUGUGAAUUCUGCGAAUAUGAGAGCAUCUUUGGGACUCCGCCCGAAGCCCUAAUCCGACAGUAUGAGAUGAAAGACCGCAAAGAGCGCAAGCGACUAGCGGAGAAGAAACGACUUUUGGAGAAGGCCAAGAUGAAGGGUCGCAAGACCAAGAAGGCGACGAAGAACGCAUCCAAGAAUGGCCCACAGCCUUACCAACAGGGAUACGACCGCGCUUCGGUGGACCACUCCUCCGCCGGUGGGUCGGGUCUUCCCGAUGAUGAAUACCAAGGACAUGAGUAUGAUGAUGAUGAAAAUUCGCCGGUCCCACCUUCCGCGCCUGCGUCUCCCACCGACCUCAAGCCCCCACUACCCACUGGAAAUCAUCCUAAGAUUGCGGCUUCUGUUCCAGGCAUCAAGGGCUCUGCGGAUUCCGGAGCAAGUCGACCGGCGUAG